UACCCAGUCCAAAGAAGAAAGAGACAGAAAAAAUAUCGUCAUUUCCGUCAAACCCCUGCCUUUUACCGCGGGCAGCCCCGUCGCUCUUUCUUUUCGCGCAUCAUGGCGGACCGGUUCAAUAAGGUUCUGCUGCUGGAUGGCAGGGGCCAUCUACUCGGCCGGCUUGCUGCCAUCGUGGCUAAGCAGGUUCUCCUUGGCCACAAAGUGGUAGUGGUGAGAUGUGAGGGUAUCAACAUCUCCGGUAACUUCUACCGCAACAAACUGAAGUACCUGGCUUUCCUGCGCAAGAGGAUGAACACCAAUCCCUCUCGUGGACCGUACCACUUCAGAGCUCCCAGCAGGAUCUUCUGGAGGACCGUCAGAGGUAUGCUCCCUCAUAAAACCAAGAGAGGUCAGGCUGCCCUGGAGAGGCUGAAGGUGUUCGAUGGGAUCCCCCCACCUUAUGACAAGAGGAAGCGCAUGGUUGUCCCAGCCGCCCUUAAGAUUGUGCGUCUGAAGCCCACUCGCAAGUUCGCCCUCCUCGGGCGCCUGGCACAUGAGGUCGGAUGGAAAUACCAGGCUGUCACAGCCACCCUCGAGGAGAAGAGAAAAGAGAAGGCCAAGCUCCGCUAUGCCAAGAAAAAGACCCAGAUCAAGCUGACCAAGCAGGCAGAGAAGAACGUCGAGGGCAAAAUUGCAAAAUACACAGAUGUUCUCAAACAAUACGGAGUCCUUGUCUGAGUUGGUUUCUUCUGACCAAUAAAGAUAAAUAAAUGUUUAUAGAAAGUGUA